AUGAAAGCUCCUCAGCAGCACCAUAAACCAACCGAUACAGAAGCAAAGGCCAAACUUGGUGUUAAUAAGAUGCACUGCCUGAAGCCAGGCAAAUAUACCCACAAAUCACCAGGUGAUUAUCUCAGUUUGACAAACUUGUCUGCUCAACCACCAAAUUAUUCUGGAAAGAUGAAGCUUCAGUUUUUCCCAAUAGAUGAGGCGAUUCAAAAUGUUCUACAGCAGGAGAAACACAAUCCUUACCUGGAGUUGACUUUGGCUCCUCGAAAGAAGAUGUCCUCAAUUGUGCAACACUUGAACACAAAAUGGGGUCGUUCUAGUUGUGCAAAAGGCGACCUCAUGCUCUUCCCAUACAGUGCUAGACCGGAUAGCAUAGCCAGCAGUAAAAAAUGGACUCUUAAUGAUUCUUGCACUGCUGCCGAUGUUUAUGUUGCUGUUGGCAGCCCUUCAACAUUCCGUUUAAGGUAUGGUUGGUUCAAGCCUAAUUUGAAGCAACAAAUCAGCGAAGCACCCUUGGCACCAGUGCUCUCUGCAGAAAAGACUUUGGGCGACAAACCUUCACAUCAUUUUGAAUUUGCAAGUAAAUUUGCCAGUCCAUCCGUUGAGUGUAACACGGAAAAGACCAUGGUGGAUAACAACCAAAGCAAAGCGACACCGCUUUCAUGGAUUGACAGCAUAUCCAAUAUCAGUUUUGGAGCACUGCUAUCGCAAGCCGUGCCCUCUCAAGACAGCAAACAACCGCCUUUGCAACAAAAUAGCUCGAUUUUCCAGCAGCAGAUUCCUGCCACGUGCGAUUCAUUCGAUGCUGCUAUUGCUUCCUUGAUUGCUCGCCAGCAAACAAGUAACCAACCGAAGGUGUCAAAUCCAUCCCUGUGGGAUGCAGAUGAAACCUGUCAUGCAUUCCCUCCUCCCCGGAAUCAAAAUUUAGCCAGGAUGUCCGCUUGUGGUCCUGGCAACAGUAGUGCUAUUACCUCAACUACCCUUGGUGCAAUUGCUGAAUCCGGUACAGGUGGCGACCAGCAACACUGGCUACCAGCGCUCUACCGAAGGCAGGAAAGAGGAACCAAGGCCCCCUCAGAUACCACCAGGCUUGGGCAAUAA